GCGCGCGGAGUGAGUGCAGACCCCUCCUCAUCGCGCCCCGUCUCGUCGUGCCCGCGCCCUGCGGCCCACCUGGGGCCAGGGACAUCAGGAGGCAGCCGAGGCCGAGAUGCCUGGACAGAGACCCAGGAAGGGCCCCCAGGCCCGAGGCCAGGGGGUGGCAGCGGCCAAGCAGCUGGGACUCUUUGUGGAGUUCAGUCCAGAAGACAUGUUGCUGGAGGACCAGGAUGGUGGGGAGGACGAUGGAGACCUGGAGGCAGAGCUUCUAGCCCUCACUGGCGACACCAGAGCCCCAGAGAGCAAGGCCAGGCCCAAAGGGAAAGUGCCCCUGCCCAUGGCCCACAUCGAGAAGCUUGCUGCUGAAUGCAUGCAGGAUGUGGGGGACGAGGCCUCGGAUGAGGAAGAUGAGGAGCUGGAGGCAGAUACAGACCUGCUGGCGGAGCUGCAGGAGGUCCUGGGAGAGGAAGAGGAGGUUGGCGGACAAAGCGGCCCUGAGGAGGUGGCGACCUUGGCCCCCACGCAGCCUUCUGCCCCAGCAGCCCUCGAGGUGCCAGAGCCGGAGGCCGGGGGCUCUCCUUCCCAGGGGGUGCCCACAGCAGGAGGGUUGCAGGGGCUGCUGGAGGAGCGCAUUGCCAACUACCAGGCUGCGGCUGCCAGCGCCAAGGAGGCUGGGGACGGGGCCAAAGCCCGGCGGUGUGAGCGAGGCCUGAAGACCCUGCAGACCCAGCUGACAGCUGUGAGAAAGGGCAAGAAAAUCAGCGAGGAAGAGAUCCCACCCCCUGUGGCUUGUGGGAAGAGGCCAGAGCUGCCCCCAGCGGCAGAAAGUGAAGGCUGUGGGGAACUCCCGGCUUCUCCAGGCCCUCCAGCUACCUCAGACUUCCCAGCUACACCGGGCCCUUCAGCUACCCCAGACCCCCCAACUACCCCAGCACCCCUGGAAGCAGCUGCCCCUGAGCCAGACUCUCGGCUGCUGUUGCUGACCCGGCAGAAAGAAUACAAAGAGGCCGCCUUGAAAGCCAAGCAGGAGGGCGACCUGGAGUGGGCCCGAGAGUGCAUGAGGAUUGGCAAGAGGUUUGGUGCCGUGCUGGAGGCAAUGGACAGUGGGCAGCCUGUGGACCUGAGUGGCAUGCCUCCUCCCCCUUCAGAGCUCAAGGCUGCACAGAAGGCCCUGCCUGCCCCAAGCCCUGGCCCCCUGGAGCAUUCAAAGCCUGUGACGUCAGCCCCUUCCCAGGCUCCAGUGGCCUCUCCCCAGCCCCAGACGGUUCUAGAGGCCUUGGGCCAGAGGCUAAGCAAGUACCAAGAAGCUGCCACCCAGGCCAAAAGCAGCGGAGAUGAGCGGAAGGCCCGCAUGCACGCACGCAUUGCCAAGCAAUACCAGGAGGCCAUCCGAGCUCACAAAGCUGGGCGGAAAGUGAACUUGGCAGAACUUCCUGUCCCCCCAGGAUUCCCUCCUAUCCCGGGCUUGGAGCCCCCCACAGGCCCUGAGGACAACCCGUUGGCUGCAGCCUUGAAGGCGGCUCAGCUUCUGGGUGGCCACGAGGAGAACAAAGAUGAGGAUGAGGAUGAGGAAGAGUCCCUGCCCCAGGCUCCAGUGGCCAAGAAGCCAGCUCAGCGGCCUAGCCAAGCUCCCCAGGUAGCCAGGCCCUCGGCUGUGCCAUCCCCUGAGCUCAAGGGCUCUACCUCCCAGGAGGCCUUGUCCGCAGCAGCCCAGGAACAGCUGGCCUUGCUGGAGGGCCGCAGACUCCAGUGCCAGCGAGCUGCCCUGCAAGCCAAACGGGCCAAAGACCUGGAGCAGGCCAAAGCCCACCUCCGGGCAGCGAAGGCCCUGGAUGCGCAGAUAGCCCUGGUGCGCGGCAGCGGCCGUGUGGGCAGCAGCGGGACCAAGGUAUCUUCCCCUCUGACCGACGAGGACGGCGGCUUCGUUCUCAUUCGCCCCGAGGACGUGGGGCUCUCCCAGAAGGCCGAGGAGGUGUACGUUCAACUGCACAAGAUGCUGCAGGAGCAGCAGGAGAAGUGCCUGCUGUACUCCAAGCAAUUCAUGCACCAGGGCAACGUGGCAGAAACCACGCGGUUUGAGAAGCUGGCCGAGGACCGUAAGAAACAGCUGGAGAUGCUGCAGCUGGCGCAGGCACAAGGCCUGGACCCUCCCAGCCACCACUUCGAGGAGAAGACCUUCCAGACCGUGAGGAUCUUCUCAGAGCUCAACAGCACCGAGAUGCAUCUUCUCGUCGUGAGGGGCAUGAAUCUCCCAGCCCCGCCAGGUGUGACUCCCGAUGACCUAGACGCGUUUGUUCGAUUUGAGUUCCACUAUCCCAGCUCGGACCAGGCCCAGAAAAGCAAGACGUCCGUGGUGAAGAACACCAACUCCCCAGAGUUUGACCAGCUCUUCAAACUGAACAUCAAUCGGCACCACCGGGGCUUCCGCAGGCUGGUCCAGAAUAAGGGGAUCAAGUUUGAGAUUUUUCACAAGGGAUCCUUCUUCAGAAGCGAUAAGCAGGUUGGGACGGCCCAUCUGAAGCUUGAGCGGCUGGAGACCGAGUGUGAAAUCAGGGAGAUCCUGGAGGUCUUAGAUGGCAGGAAGCCAACUGGGGGCAAACUGGAGGUGAAGGUAAGGCUCCGGGAGCCUCUGAGUGGACAGGAUAUACAGAUGGUCACAGAGAACUGGCUGGUCCUAGAGCCCAGGGGCAUCUGAGCUCUGCCCCAGACCAGAAGCUUUGGACAUAAAGAAGACGCUGCUACCCCGAGCACCAAAGACCUGUUAAGCAAAUGCACUACUGACCAUGCUACACGCCCCCAUGUGCUGGAGAGCUGCCACCUUGCUGUGGGGCAUCAGCCACGUGAGUGGUGGUGGGCAGCAACCCCUCUGCCUUCAGCACUUGGAGUCGAGCCCUGCCGGCCUCCCCAGCCCAUCUCUGUCGAUAGGCUCAGGCUCCCUGCCGCCCUUCUGCUGACCUCGUCCGGGCUGGGCUGUGCUCCUUGGCCCUCGGCUCUUCUGACCCACAUGCUAGCGGAAGACAAAGGGAAGGCCUGGUCAGCUCAGGGCCCCGGAAAGGCUGGGCCCCAGUCCAGCCCCUGCUUGCUCCUCGGCCCCUCUCUCUGGAUGUGCCUUUAAGACAGACAUGACUGGAAGGUUGGGGAGGUGAGCGGGACCUCGGGCCUCCCUCUGGGGAGCGGCUGCGCAUCUUGCCCGGCCCCUGCUCUGCUCCUCCGCCUGGGUUCUGUGCCUUCUUUUCGGACAGUAACUUGCACUAGCUUCCUACUUCCCAAAAUGUUGAGAGGAGGAAAAAGCGGCCUUGGGUACCACGUUGGGGGAGGGGAGGGAUGCUGUGUUCCCCAGAUCUGCCCCCCCUCCCCCAAGACUAAAAGAUAGUUAACUUGGAAACAGAA